AUGGGUCGGCUUGCUUGCUGGCUCGUCUUUGCCUCGCUGGUUUUCCCGUCUUUUGCUCAGGACGGCAAUGUCACACUGGUUCCAGCAGCUGUUGGUUUCGAAGCGGACAAUACCGCCUUCUACUAUUCUUCGUCGCCUCGUCUCCUUGCCAAUGAUGGAAGUGCAGCUGAUGGUGGUUUUCGUGUCUUCGCCGCGAACAAGAAUUCUUCAUGGCCUGAACUAGCGCAUCUCAAAACAGGUCGAUCCAAAGUUGCUGUCCCAGUAUACGAUGUUGGAGGUCGAGACGUCUUGAUCACCAUCGCAGCAACUGAGUCAAUCGUGCGGGCCUUCGACGCCGAAACUUUUGUGGAGAUAAAGCACGCAAGAAAAUAUCUCCUGGGCGACUGGUCGAUGCUCUGCGGAUGGCGAAGUGGCUUAAGCGGCAAUUCGUAUUUAUUCCUUUUCGGAAAGAAAAUGGUUGUUCAGUUGCUGGUCAGAAGCCACAACAAGCGGGUCCGGAUCCUUGAGGUGCAAACGUUCUCGAUCCCAAUUGAAGGCGAGACAUGCACUGUGUUUCAGGAUGGGACUGUUUUCUUCUCCGCAGAGGAUCAAGCACUAUACUCGUUUGCAGCCUCAGAGUCUACCCAGGCGCCCGAGAUCAAGACUGUCGCCGAAGAUGUGCCUGUUCUCGGCUUAGCUGCCUACCACACCGGCACCAAAGACUUUCUGUUCGUUGUCGAUUCGGACGCUCUCCAUGUGUACGAUCGUAGACUGGACCUCAAGGGCUCAGUCCAGCUCAUCGGUAUUUCCGAUCUGUCGGUCGAAGGUGGACUUUCGAUUCUCCAAUCUGCUUCCGGGCCUAAUCCAUCUGGAACUUUGGCUUUGGCUUUCGAGGGUGAAGACGACACAGGCGUUGCUAUCGGCUCGCUACAAGCGGUUCUCGCAGCUUCAAACAUUCGCCCGUACACAAUAUUCAACCCAAGUAAAACGACUUGUCGGAAGUGCACACAGCCGAUAUCUGAUCUAUGCUCCGAUAACGGCUAUCGCCAACGCAACUCAUGUGACUGCCUCGCGGGCUUUAGCGGUCGCCAUUGCUCCAAGGUCACAUGUCAGAAUGGCUGCUCCGGACAUGACUGCUCAUUCGUUACUGUGAAGGCCAAGUACGAGACGGAAGCUAAUGGUGGUGAUGGAGACGACCCUGCAAUCUGGAUCCACUCUACCCGUCCUGAUCAAAGCCGCAUCGUGACGACCACCAAGAGUGAGGAAGGUGCUGGAUUCGCCAUCUUCGACCUACAGGGCAAGCUCUUGCAGCAAAUGCCAAGCGAAGAACCGAACAACGUCGACGUAAUCUAUAACUUCACUGUGGGCGCUGAAGCGACUGAUCUGACAUUUGCGGCAUGCCGUGGGGAUAACACGCUCUGUCUCCUCAAGAUCAACUCGACUGGUCUUCUAGAAUCUGUCGAAGGCGGAGUUCAACCAACACCUGAGGACUACGAGGUCUACGGCUCCUGCACUUAUCGUUCUCCAAAAUCAGGUCGCCAGUACCUCUUCGUGAACAACAAGGAGGCUGAGUACCUUCAGUACGAACUGACUUCGACCGCCAACGGCACUUUGAAGACAGCUCUUGUGCGCAACUUUACUGGAGGCUCCGGUGGCCAAGUAGAAGGCUGCGUUUCAGAUGAAGAGCAAGGCUACCUCUUCCUUGGGGAAGAGCCCGAAGGCCUAUGGCGAUAUGAUGCAGAGCCUGAUGGCUCGUCUACCGGUCUCCAGAUCGCAAAAGUCGGUGACGGAAAUCUCUACGCUGAUGUUGAAGGUGUUACACUAGUGCCGGCCAAGAACUCUUCGAGUGGCUAUCUAUUUGUCUCAAGUCAGGGACGUAGCACAUAUCUGGUGUACGAGAGGGCGCCACCGCAUGCGUAUGUGAUGCAGUUCACUAUCGUGGACAACAAGGAAGCGGACAUUGACCAUGUAUCCAACACUGACGGAAUCGCUGCUGUGGGUAAUUCCUUGAACAACGACUUUCCAAAAGGCUUAUUUGUUACACACGACGACGCCAACGAGCUCGUUGAAGGCGGAACUGCCGAGCAAGCCAGCUUCAAGCUUGUCAGCCUUGAGGAAAUCUUGGGAAAAGAUCGCAUCGCAAGGCUAGGGUACUAG